AGCGCAGCGGGGCGGGCUCGGGCCGCGGGUUCGAAUCCCGGCGCCGCCGCCCCCGCCAUGAACUUCUCGGAGCUGUUCAAGCUCUCGGGGCUCCUGGGCCGCUUCUCCCCCGACGGGCAGUGCCUGGCCUCGUGUGUGCAGCACCGCUUGGUGGUUCGGGAUGCGAGUUCUCUCCAGGUCCGCCAGCUCUACACCUGCCUGGAUCAGAUCCAGUACAUCGAGUGGUCAUCGGACUCCCUGUUCAUCCUGUGUGCCAUGUACAAGCGAGGGAUUGUCCAGGUCUGGUCCCUGGAGCAGCCGGACUGGCACUGUAAGAUCGACGAGGGCUCCGCGGGAUUGGUGGCUUCGUGCUGGAGUCCGGACGGUCGUCACAUCCUCAACACCACCGAGUUCCAUCUGCGGAUAACGGUGUGGUCCUUGUGCACCAAGUCUGUGUCCUACAUCAAGUACCCCAAAGCGUGUCAGCAGGGGGUGGUUUUCACCAAGGACGGGCGUUACAUGGCCGUGGCAGAGCGGCGCGACUGCAAGGACUUCAUCAGCAUCUUUGUGUGCAGCAACUGGCAGCUCCUCAGGCAUUUUGACACUGAAACACAGGAUCUGUUUGGGAUUGAGUGGGCUCCUAAUGGCUGUGUGCUGGCAGCGUGGGACUCAUGCCUGGAGUACAAGCUCUUGCUGUACUCCCUCGAUGGCAGACUGCUCUCCUCGUACCGCGCCUACGAGUGGCCGCUGGGCAUCAAGUCUGUUGCCUGGAGCCCCAGCAGCCAGUUCCUGGCAAUUGGCAGCUUUGAUGAGAAGGUGCGCAUCUUGAACCAUGUGACAUGGAAGAAGAUCACAGAGUUUGAGCACCCAGCAACCAUUGCCAGCAAAAAGACUAUUGUGUACAAAGAAGUGGAGAAAUCCCCAUCUGUUGAAACAGAGAAACUUUUUUUCCCUCCAACCAGAGCAUUGGCUAGUUCCCUCUUCAGCACGCAGAGUAAAUAUGAGAUUUCCCAGGUGCCAGUUUCCUUACAGUACAUCAAACCAGUUGCUGACAGGGCAAAUCCCAAAAUGGGAGUUGGGAUGUUGGCGUUCAGUGCAGAUAAUUGUUUCCUGGCAACCAAAAAUGAUAACAUUCCUAACGCUGUGUGGAUCUGGGACAUCCGCAAGCUGAAGCUGCUGGUGGUCCUGGAGCAGCUGUGCCCCAUCCAGUGUUUGCAGUGGGACCCGCGGCAGCCGCGCCUGGCCCUGUGCACCGGCACCAGCAGAGUGUACCUGUGGUCCCCCGCCGGCUGCGUGGCCGUGCAGGUGCCCGGGGAAGGCGACUUCCAGAUCGUGUCUCUCUCCUGGCAUUCCAGUGGGGACUCCAUAGUGCUCCUGAGCAAAGACAACUUCUGUGUGUGUUACUUAGAAAGAGAAGAGGUAAAAUAAAAAAAUUAAAAUGCACUAAAAAAUGCUCCUAAGUCUGAGGAAGGAGGAGGAAAAGGGUGAAAUGGGCAACAAUUUUUUUACCCAUCUGAAGUGUUUGUAUUUAUAAAUUAUUUAUUUGAAAGAGCUCCAAACUCAGUGUGUGAAGUAUUGUGAUUGCAGUUGAGUGAAGUGAUGUAGCAACUGAAAUGUAGGGAGUGAGUCUGGAUUGCAAGAAAAACCUGAGUAUUGAUGGAGUUGAACAUUCUCUGUGUCAACUCUGAAUCCUUAUUUUCCAAGACUGUAGCUCUGUGUAUAUAAUGUAUAGCUAUUAUUUAAAUUUUCUAAUUUCCAAUAAAUAUUUUGAUAGUUACAAACUAUAAACCUGCACCU